AUGUUAAAGAAAAACCACACGGUGGUGACUGAGUUUAUCCUGCUGGGACUGACAGAUCGAGCAGAGCUGCAGCCUGUCCUUUUUGUGGUGUUCUURGUCAUCUACCUYAUCACAGUAACUGGCAAUGUGACCAUGAUUUUCUUAAUCAGAAGUGACUCAAAGCUUCACACCCCAAUGUACUUCUUCCUCAGCCACCUGUCCUUUGUAGAUCUCUGUUAUGCCACAAACAUCACCCCUCAGAUGCUGGUUAACUUCUUGUCCAAGAGAAAAACCAUUUCCUUCACUGGUUGCUUUAUACAAUUCCACUUUUUCAUUGCCCUGGUGAUCACAGACUAUUAUAUGCUCACAGUGAUGGCCUAUGACCGCUACAUGGCCAUCUGCAAGCCCUUGUUAUAUGGUAGCAAGAUNCAUUACUUUUGCUUUAGGCUUUAUACAAAGCAAGAAAGCAUAAUGCUAAAGAAAUACCACACGGUGGUGACUGAGUUUAUUCUGCUGGGACUGAUAUAUCGAGCGGAGCUGCAGCCUGUCCUUUUUGUGGUGUUCUUAGUCAUCUACCUCAUCACAGUAACUGGCAAUGGGACCAUGAUUUUCUUAAUCAGAGCUGACUCAAAACUUCACACCCCAAUGUACUUCUUCCUCAGCCACCUGUCCUUUGUAGAUCUCUGUUAUGCCACCACUGUUGCCCCUCAGAUGCUGGUUAACUUCUUGUCUAAGAGAAAAACCAUUUCCCUCAUUGGCUGCUUUAUACAAUUUCACUUUCUGAUUGCCCUGGUGACCACAGAUUAUUAUAUUCUUGCAGUGAUGGCCUAUGACCGCUACAUGGCCAUCUGCAAGCCCUUGUUAUAUGGUAGCAAGAUGUCCAGGCGUGUGUGUCUCUCUCUUGUGGUGGCUACUUAUGUUUAUGGCUUUGCAAAUGGUCUGGCCCAGACCAUCCUGAUGCUUCCUCUGUCCUUCUGUGUCAAAGAGACUGCCAUGUUCGUGGUGGCUGGGUCCAACCUCACCUGCUCCCUCACCAUCAUCCUCAUCUCCUAUGUUUUCAUCUUUGCUGCCAUUCUUUGAAUCCGCUCUGCUGAGGGCAGGCAGAAGGCCUUCUCUACCUGUGGGUCCCACCUGAUGGCCGUCACAGUGUUUUAUGGAACAUUGUUCUGCAUGUACCUGAGGCCCCCUUCUGAGACAUCUGUUGAACAGGGGAAAAUUGUGGCUGUAUUUUACAUCUUUGUGAGUCCCAUGUUAAACCCUUUGAUCUACAGCCUGCGGAACAAAGAUGUUAAAAUGGCAAUAAGGAAAGUUAUCAAAAAGGAAUUGUUUGGUUAA